UGGAUGAAAAGAUCAAUACAACUUUAAUAAGCCAGAAAACAGCAUAGCUUAGCACAAAGACUGAAAACAGGGCAACAGCUAGAAUGGCUUAAGAAAUGACAUGUUAAUUACUGAGCUUUAGGCUAGGCUAGCUGUUUCCCCUUGUUUCCAGUCUUUAUGCUAAGCUAAGCUAACCAGCUGCUGGCUCCAGCUCCAUAUGUACCAUCUGACUGUCGGCAAGAAAGCAAAUAAGUGUAUUUCCCAAAAUGUCAAACUAAUCGUUUAAUGAUAAAUAAUGUGGAGGCUCUGACAUUCUAUGGCGUUGGGCCGAGAGCUGCACAAACAAACCAGUAGAAAUGAACAAGACAUGCGAUCAAAUUAUGUAAAUUUCACAAGAGGAUAUGGAUAGUGUGAAAAGUGCACCAGUGCUUAUUUCAGUAUGCCACAGUUCUAUUGAAGGUCACAUAGUGGAGCCGCGCUGUUGAAGGAGCCUUUACUGUAAAUAGCCGGCUGGGCCACCUGUCAAUCUCCAGCAGCUCGCACCGAGAGAGGCGCUGUCAUCACUCUCUGCUGUCCAGCCCUCUUGCUGCAUGUGGAAACAUGUACCUAUUCCAAAAAACCCCUCAACUGCCAUAUGCACACACCCACCUCUCUAAUACACUGUGUUAAGGGCAUCAGGAGCAUUCUUCCUGGACAUGUGCCUCUGUCACUCACGCACACAGAGCCACACAACUACAACACACACACACCGUUGUGCUUCCACUGUGUCCUCUGUGUUCCCAGCACAAGGCUGGCACACUGCUCUGUCAGUCUUGUGAACACGGCCCUCCUCUCCCCCUCUGUCUGCGGCCUGGAGCAAAGACCUGAAUAAUAUCCCUCAAUUUUCUGAAACUCUGUUGCGUUUCCUGUGGAUUUUAUGUUUUUUAAGUGUUGAAAACCCAACGAUUGUUUUGGUUUUUGGCGGGAAAAACAGGGAAAAGACAUUCUUCCGGUCUGGAUUUGUAGCUAAGAAGAGCUGUGUAAAAUUUCCAAGAUGGCACCUUUGAAAGGCUGGGUAGUGGGGCUCCUGCUGGUGCUCCUGUGCCCGUCCCAGGUGCCGCUUUCUGGGGUGGUGAGUGCCCAGGACGUGGCUGAAGCAGAGGCAGACCUCCAUGCCAGAAAUGAUGAUGAUGUCGUGGCAGAGGAGGGUGAAACUACUCAGGGCGAUGAUGGCGCUGGUGGGGAAGAGGAACAGGUAGCAGAAGAGGAAAGUGAAGAAGAAUCAGAUGAUGAGGAGGAGGAUGAAGAAGGGGAGGCUGAGGAGGAAGAUGGGGAGGAAGAAGAGGAGGCAGGAGAAGCAGAGGAGGAGGAAGACGAGACUGCUGAUGAAGAAGCGGAGGAGGAGGAGGAGGAAGAGGAGGAAGCUUCUGAUGAAGAGGCUGCUGAGGAAGAUGAGGAGGAGGAGGAUGCUGUGGAAGAAGAGGAGGAGGAGGAGGAGGCUGAGGACGAAGCUGCUGAGGAAGACGGAGAGGAGGUGGCUGCUGAGGAGGAAGAAGAGGCUGGAGACGAGGAAGAGGAGAAUGAUGCAGAAGAAGAAGAGGCUGAUGAUGCAGCAGCAGAGGAGGACGAGGAGGAAGAGGAGGAGGAGGAAGAAGAGGAGGAGGAGGAUGCUGAUGAAGAUGUGGAGGAAGAGGAGGACCCUGAAGGAGAGGAGGUAGCUGUGGAGGAGGAAGCUGAUGAUGCUGAGGGAGAGGAGGAUAUUGCUGAGGAUGAGUCUGAGGAAGAGGAAGAGGAUGCAGCUGGGGCAGAGGAAGACGACGAUGAGCCUGAAGCUGAGGACACAAGUGAAGAGGAGGCCGCCACUGAGACGCUGCAAUUUCACUCUGGCUCUUUGUGUAGCGUGUGCUCCAUCUGUGAGCACUGCUCUAACAACUGUGACAAGUGUCCCUGUGAAGAGGGAGAUGAGUCAGAUCACUGUGAGCACUGCCAAGGAUGCUCAUCCUGCUACCUUUGCCCCAUACUGUGUGACACAAUAUGCACACCAGGUGGCCUUGUUGAUGAGCUAACUGGGUCCCUCUUUCAGACUGUUGCCUCCCUGCUCUGAGCACCCAGGAUACUUUGUCCUUUGGAGCCAUCACGUGGUCACAGGCGGUACUGCGCUCAGGACUGGCUGUCCUGCUGCUCAUACCUCACUUGUCACCUGAGAACUUCACAAAUCUGACAGCUGACAGAAAAACCUAUUCUUGUGUUAACUUGUAGAUUUUUAAAUACCCUUGUACUACAGGCUGAAAGAAUUUCAUUUCUUUUCCUUUAUUCAAUGACCUACAUCUUGUAUAUUUUCAAUGUACACUGGCUAUUAUUUGUUCAGAUUUUUUUUUCUUUUCUUUUCUUUGUUUUUGUAGCAGUAUUAUUGUAGUUGCAGCUGAGCAAGAUGUUUAUAGGCCUAUCUUUGUGGCAGGAGUCUGUAUUAAUGCACCAGAAAAAUUAAGUCUAAUGCCAAUCAUGUAACAUGUAAAUAUAACAUUUCUCAGGAUAAGUCCUUUGAGUUUGUAACAUGUUACAGUACAAUUUUACACAUGCUGUUGCUAUGCACUGUUACUGAUUCUCACCUGACAAUAAAUUUCUCCUUAUCUAUAACACUUUUUGCCUAAUGCGGCUGUCACAAAUUUGCUUCCAAUUAAUUUCUAAUAGGCAGGUUUAUUUUUGUGAAUGCACUCACACCUGUGGCCUAAACCUGAAGUUUAUGUUAAAUAACAAAAUGUCAAUAAGUUGGGUAAAAGGGCCUCAAAAUAAAAAACUCCAU